CGGCGCUGGAACCCAUGGACACCGCGUACCCCCGAGAGGACUCCGGGGCCCCGACGCCCCGCACGGCUGCCUGCGCUGCCCACACGGCCGUGGCCCUGGGGCCGCCGCACGCACCACCACCACCACGAGACCACUUGAUCUGGUCGGUGUUCAGCACCCUCUACCUGAACCUGUGCUGCCUGGGCUUCCUGGCGCUGGCCCACUCCAUCAAGGCCAGGGACCAGAAGGUGGCUGGGGACCUGGAGGAGGCCCGGCGCCUGGGCUCCAGGGCCAAGUGCUACAACAUCCUGGCCGCCAUGUGGGCCCUGGUGCCUCCCCUACUGCUGCUGGCGCUGGUGGUGACCGGCGCCCUGCACCUGUCCCGGCUGGCCCGGGACUCGGCUGCCUUCUUCAGCACCAAGUUCGAGGACUCGGACUAUGACUGAGUGGCUGGGCUGCCCCCUGACCUCCUGGCCUGAUGCACACCCCUGGCUGCACACCUCAUGCUGACCACGAAGGUCCCCCCCAUGGGGCCCUGGGGCCCUUGCCCUAACCUCAA